AUGUCUGAAGAUGUACCCUUUCGACUGCUCGUGAUUGGAGCUGGUAUUACUGGCCUGCUUAUCGCCCAGGGUCUGAAGAAGGAAGGCAUUGCAUGUAUCGUCUUCGAGUCCGAGCCCUCUGCGUCGCAUUAUAGAGCGGCGGAAUGGGGGGUGUCGAUCCAGUGGGGGAUCCCAUUACUACGACAAUGUCUUCCUGAAGCCCUCUUCGAUCGUCUUCAGUCCGUCGCAAAUGAUCCGUACUUCACCCCGCCUGACCUAGGACUUCUGCCGACUCUAAAUGGGAAAACUGGCGAGUUACUUAAGGAUGCCGCUGUUGCGGAUGUUCCGUGUAUCCAGAAGGAAUACGGUAAGACUUUGAAGGAUGUCGUAUAUGACGAUGAUAAAGACACUGUUAGGGCCGUUUUUGCGGAUUCUUCGCGAGCAGUUGGCUCGUUGCUUGUGGGCGCAGACGGGGCUCAUUCAGCCGUCCGAACCUGUAUUUUUGGGCCGGAAAAGGGCCGUGCAUCCAGUGUGCCAUAUUCAGCGGUGAACAUAUGCGUCAAGUAUGAUGAUGCUAAAAAAGCCCGCUUCGUGCGCCAGCUGCAUCCAAUAAUGGCUAUGGGAAUCCAUCCUGAUGGGCAUUGGUUGUGGAUAUCUAUCCAGAAUGUCCCUGAUCCCAACGACCCAGCCACUUGGAGCUUUCAGCUACAGACAACCUCGCACAAGGGCAAAGAUGAUGUUAUAUCGCUCGAAAACCUAAAGAAAAAAGCAGCAACUUUCGCAGAACCAUUCCGCUCUGCGAAUCUCUGGAUUCCGGAAGGCACAUCUAUACAUGAGAAUAAAAUCUCAUACUGGAUGCCUAUCCCUUGGGAUGAUCGUAAUGGGAGGAUCACCUUAGCUGGAGAUGCCGCACAUCCGAUGACAUUUCAACGCGGUCAAGGUAUGAAUCACGGUAUCACUGAUGCCGCCAGCUUUGUCACAAAGUUAAAGUCUGCUCUGGACGAUCACUCCAGCGUCAAAAAUGCCGUCAAGGCGUACAAUAUCGAAAUGAUUGAACGUGCUGGUGACGAGGUGGCUACCUCAAAAGAAAAUACUGAAAUGCUUCGUGACUGGUCAAGGAUGAUGGAUUCACCCAUUAUGCAGAAAGGGGGGCAUCCCAGAUCACAGCAGCCAUCUACCGAGGCUUUGGGGAGAACAGACAUGACAUCAAAACGUGCUCCACGAGUUAGACCUAGCUGA